AGUUUGGUUUGUCAUCCUUGUGAUCAGCUCAUGAGUCGAAUCACCGGGUAUGGCGGCGAGUCCUUCCGAAGUAGCUGUGUCACAGGCGAAAGGAUAAAACAUCAUAGGUUUCUCAGCUUGGCUGGUCUAAUUCAAUCAAGACCAGCGACGACACAACCUUCACGUCUCUGUCUGAGAACGUGUGGCACCAGUUGCACGCCCUCUCUAACAUCUAUCGCAGUUGUGCUGAUCAUAAGCCGACUAUGCUUACACUGCUGGCUCCCGAACUGGGCGGAACGGACUAGGAGGAUGCUAUCGAAGACUAUGGGAGACACAGGCCCGAUGCUGUUAAGAACUCGAGGGUGACGAUGAGGUUGAAUGCUGCUACAGUUGGAGAAGAUUGCAUGGUGAAGUUUGGUUGUGGGAAAGGUAGUGAAGCAGCGAAAGAGCGAUGGACUUCUCUUCGUUCCUACGUUCCUUUUUAAGGUAGCAGAGAAAUAAGGAAACUUAGCAGAGAAAUAGUAACGAAGAGAGUGAACUUUUUUUGUACCGAAUCGUGAUGUUAUACUUGAUUCACUCGGUGCUGCCAGAUUCUUCUCCCACUGGUGCUAAGGAUCAUUGUUAUACCUGCAUCUCUAACUUCGUCGAAAACCGUAUUUCUCGCUUCACUUUAUCUGAUUCUUUGAGUGUCGUUGAGAAGGGUUGACUGCGCCGAUUUUCUGUGUGGCACUGAGGCAGGUUAGUAUGAUAUU